AUGGUAGAACGCAGAAGAUACGAAGACGCCGUGGAACCAUCAAAAGCACCUUGUACCAGCAUGGAGCUGGACCACCAGUCCGUCAAAAUGCCGCUCGCUACCACAGUCACAUCAAGCUAA